GAAACAAGUUUGUUCAACGUCAGGUUGAAGCGAGGUAAAAGCCUCUACAAGGUGGUCCAAUUGUCUCUUCAAAGCGAGUGUGUAGUUUUUGACGAGGUCAACAUAUCUGACUGAUUUGGUGCAUACUCAGGCUCGCCAGAAUGAUUUCACAAAGCUUCCUUCUCUCUCUUCUGCUGCUGACGGUAAGCGCCCAGAAUUUGGGCUACCACCAGGUUCAGGCGCCCCAGCAACAACUGCCGUCUGUCAUUGGUGGUGGUUUUCCAGCUGGAAGCCCUCAACCAGCACAAGCUCCAGCUGCCCAGCCCGUGCAACAAACCGCCGCACAACAAUCCACGCAGCAACCCACACAGCAACCUUCUCAGAAGCCCGCUGUUCAACAACCCGCCGCCCAACAGCCAGCCGUUCAACUGCCCGUAGUGCAGCCGCCCAGGCCUGUGCAGAUAGUUAUGCCAGGUAUGCCCAACCAGAACCAGGCGUUCGUUGGCAUUCCCAAUGGGCCUAUCAAGAAGUGUUACGGUGUGGACUACAACUCGGCCAUUGCCGCGUGCUGCGCUGGGGUAAUCACGCCCAGACCAAUUGGUGUUCCGGAGAAUCUCCUGUCAUGCUGUGUAACUACCGCCUACAACAACAUGACCCAUGGCUGCUGCAUGGGACAGGUGUUCGACGCAAUGAUCGCCCAGUGCUGCGGCGGUCAGAUCAACACCAAUGGACCCGCCGGCCAGUACCAGUGCUGCGCCGACCAAGCGUACCAGCGUGGUGGUGGCUACCUGUGCUGCCAGGGCAAUGUCAAGAAUGGCGUGCCAGGUAUCGAUGGCUGCUGUGGCCAUGAGACCUACGAGAAAGCCACCAAGUCCUGCUGCGCCAACCACACCAUCUUCGAUCCACAGGACGACAUGUGCUGCAACGGCAUGAUGAUCGGAGAGCCAGCCACGCAAUUCAUGUGCUGCGGCAUGGACAUCAUCCCACGCUUCCAGGAGCUCAAGUGCUGCAAAGGCAAUGGUGGACGCGCCAUGAAGUACGACAUCAACUCUGAGAGCUGUUGCAGUGGAUUCGUCGUUCCCGGUGCCGAGGCUUCCCACACCUGCUGCGGACGCCAGACACUGCCCCUCUGGGGAACAGCACGCUGCUGCGGUAACCGUCGCUACGACACCUCCACGCACUCGUGCUGCAACAAUCGCGUUGCGCCCGGACCGGAAGGCUCAUCGAUCUGCUGCGGAGAGGGCACGCUGCCGUCGAUGGGCUCACUGCGUUGCUGCAGCAGUACAACCCCAUACGACCUGAACCAGCAGACAUGCUGCGGUGGCGUAGUCAAGCAGGGACUCAGUUGUGUCUAACCGUCUACACUGUAACCACAUUCCCCACGCCAGUUACUAGCAUUUCGUCUUGUACGACCACGCUACAGCAAAAAGGUCCUUCCACGUCUGUUGACACCAGUGCGUUAUAAUGUCCGCAACUGUGUCCAUCUCGAACUCAAACAGCGGGCAGCACAGUCGUAACGGUUGACAUUGACUUCUCCGGCUUCAGUUCAGAUGGCCCACAGUCCUGAUGUUACUCCUUCUCCCGACUAUUUCUCCCAUUUCGUUUAGCUUGUGGCCAUCUAUGGACUAUGGAUGCCAGCAGGCCCUUAUAAAGUAUAAUAUAUUAUAAUACAGCCAAACAGAUAUCCGAAUUCAUCCUUUCCUCUAAUUCUUCUCUAGGACUCUUCUCUUGUAAUUUGUGUGUGUGUGUGGUAGUAUGAUGUAAUGUGCCGUGUAUGCACGACUAACCACGGCCACACUGGUACCGUUGUCUUCAGUUUUACCUACAUUGUAUGAGUCCCUUUUCCUGUACAUUAUCCAUCCAAUCUGUAUCCUAUUUUAAUUAUUAACGCCCGAUCCUCUCUACGUUCUGAAGCAGGAGCGGAACAUAUUCUUUCGCCUGUAUUCUUUAAAACUAUAGAAGAAGAGCACCCUGAAUCUACACAACUCACUGAAAAGAUCCGAUUGAAUCGCUUGAAUACAUGCGAUCUGUCGCAGGAUAGAAGCUAACUGAAGUCUACUGUAUGAGAUGUCACUGUGACUUUUCUUCUGAGUCACACUACUUUCCGAAUAACUACUUCAAGUACUGAGUA